UGGUUAUUAUAUUAAAUUUCAGUAAUAUACAUCUCUCUGUCUCUGCUGACAUAUCUUUCGUUUCGGUUGAUACGAACACACGAGAGCUUACCCUGGGAAUCCGCCUCCCAAGUAGCAGCUGUUUUCGCAACACCGGCUCUCGUGUUUCGAAUUUUUAUUUUUCGCGCGGUAAUUACGUAGGUGCGCGUCAGAGGGAGGGUGGCAACGCAUGCGCAGGUUGGCACGCUUGCUUUCUUCCGCCGAUAGUCCGCCGCGUCUACGUUUCGUGUGCGCGAUAUUUGCUCGAUUUUUAACGCGUUCGUACUUCCCAGUGCGUAAAGGUAUGCAAAAAUGCAACGCACGAAAAGCUCGACGUUCAGAGGAAGAGAGGCAUUAAAAGGAAUCGUCGCGGGAAUUAAAUUCGGACGUGAAAUCGACGAUCCUCGGAAUUGCCGCCAACGGAGCUUCGCGAGAGCCUCGAGUGUCGCCUUUCUUCUGUAUUUAAGACAACGCGCGCAUAAAAUGUGGGAAUGCCGUUAAAAGUAUCGCGUAUAUAAAUUCGGGAGUGCCAUUAAAAGUAUCGCGCGUGUUCGGACCCUGACUGAGAGGAGGAGGAGGCCUCGGAGAGGCAUCGGGCAUCAGCGGAGCAACUCGAAGACAACGUGCUUGAACCUCCACUGUUGUGUAUCGGAAUCGGAGUGCCGUAUGAAGUAUCGCGCGUCUAUUUUUAACGUGCCGCGAACGAUUCGUAUAGUGUCGCACGUCUAUUUUUAACAUGCUGCGGACGAUUCGUCGCGUUUUUAAUUUCAAUUUCGGGAGUGCCAUAAAGUAUCGCGCGUCCGGGAGUGCUGAGUAAAGUGUUGCGCGUCCGGGAGUGCCGAGUAAAGUGUCGCGCGUCCGGGAGUGCCGUGUAAAGUGUCGCGCGUCCGGAAGUGUCGCGGACGGUUCGCGCGGUCAUAUUUUCGCGAAUGUGUGCGACAACUAUAAAAGGAGGACAACCUGAGAGGCGGAGGCCUAGGAAGCAUCGGCGCAGCAAUCCUGACAUUGAAACAUGGCAUCGACGAGAGCAACUCGCAACGCUUCUUUCUGAAGCGAGGCGAGAGCUUGAGGGGCUGAGAGAAGGCAUCGUCGCCGGAAUACGCAGUCGAGAUAAAUAGGAUGAUCAAAUAACCGUUGGAUAAAGAUAUUCGAAGAUGAAUUGGCCAUUGGUGCUGACUUGCUUUUUGCUGUCGCAGUCGUGCAUCCUCGGCGAGCAGCGCGUCUGCACGUUCCCGGAGGAGUGGUACGGCCGGUGGUUCCAGUCCGGGAUCGCGGAUCUGGUGAUCGUCAACGGCUCCGAAAUCACCAGCAAGGGCGUCUGCAGGGACAGGAUCGGCGACAAGUUUCUCGUUCACGACGUAAAGUAUAGGUGUUAUCGCUGUAUCGUGAUGCAUGCACAACAUGCCAACGUGCUGCAAUACAAAGAAACUUAUUGCACGAGCGAGCCACCGGAACCGAGUCUGCAGACCCAAUGCAGCAUAUUGACCAGCGACGCCACUCUGAUCUCUCUGUUUCGCUCCAAUGCAGCGCCGCUGCCCUGUCCCAUUAAGGGUCCCUUGGAGUUCACGUACACCCACGGUGAUAUGGAGUGCAAUAUGCCGCGGUCACGGGCGGAAACGUGUACGCAGGACUCGCGUCUGCUUCUGCGCUAUCAAGCGUGCGCCAACGUUCAUUCGUCUGAAAGCGUGGACGUAGAAUUGGAGUGCCUGGCUCAUUGGAGGGAGGGCAGCACAAAUUACAUGGUCGCGCGUUUGAACAGCGAUCGUAACGAUCGUAAAACAAGCGACGAGGAGAGCUACAGAUGCUUUAUUUACACAAAUCCAUCGAACAACACGUGGAAUCUCGCGCAGAGCUCGGACGCCGCUUGCAAUGGAUUGAUCAGCGUCACCGAGGCCGCUAAAACGUUCAAAAUGAUGCAAAAAAAGCCACCGGAGUAUUGCAAGUAUCCGUCCUGGGUGACCGAUAAAUCGUGGGUGGCUUUGGAUCGAAUGGCGUCCCGGCUCCUGGCGUCGCCUUACAACCUCACGAUCCUAGAUCGAAACGAGACCCGCCUUGUUUGCCAUUCAGCUGUCCCUAUUGAUGAUCAUCGUCAUCAUUAUUCCAUGCCGAUCGAUAGGGAGAACCAAAAGCAGUUCAUUGCGAAGGCGACGCGAGAUUGCAAAAACGGAUACGUAUGCGUCAUGUUCCACAGAAGAGACGAGCACGUAAUAGAGAUGCAACUGUCGGAAUGGCGCCAGCAGGCCGACGAUAUAUGCAACUCGAGUACGUUCAAUUUGCACACGAUGCCAUACACGACGUUCAUCACGUCCGAUCCGACAACCAGACAAUGCCCCAAUCUCGGUCGUUACGAGAUUGUGUCGUUGUUUCGGCCACCGCAUGCCGACAACGUCGAGAACCUUUUGGCCGCCGAUGGUGAGCAAAGCGUUGCCAACGCGGCGGAGGUGCACGACGUGAGGGUGCCAUCCACGCCGUCUCCAAGCCAGUGUCAUCACGGCAGUGUUCGUAGAUUGGACAUAGGUUGCAGGGCACCCGAUCGUAUGGAGUUUGCCACGUCUUGCAGCGACGAGGCGUUAUCCGAGUACUUAUGCCACGGAACUUGGAUCGAAAACGACACCGCUUACUUGGUGGCCAGUACCGAUGUCGGACGUUACUGCCUCGUUUAUAGCGCGUCCGCCGCGACGACAGGAAGUCGUGAACUCUCGGUGACGGGCCAUCUCGCUUCCUGUCCGAGGGCCUCUCACCGCCAUCCAGUCUCGUGGCAGGUCAACCUCACGUCGUACGCUCAAUGCGGCGACAUCUCGUCGGCGACCACGUGGGCGCCGGUGAGACAUUUCCUUGGGAUAGUCCUCUUCGGCGGCCUCCUUGCCAGAUACAUCGCGAGGUGAUGCCACUGAGCCGAGAGGCGCCACAUCAUACCCGUGGCAAUAUAGUUGAAAGAGACUCUUUAAUUGCGAUCUUGCGUUUGUGGUGAUUAUAUAUAACGUUCUGGGAGACGGUGAGACAGAAAGGUAAAACUAAUAAUCAAUCUUAGGAUGUAAGUGAGCGCGGCGCGUGAGGUGAGUGAAGUGAUUUGAAAAAAAAAAUAAAAAAAAUAAAAGAGACAAGUCGGAAACGGGUAAGGUAUAUAUACAUAAUAUAUAGAUGCAUGUGCCAGCCCCGCGAAUGUGGCAGUCCGGAAGCGAGGCUUUACGAAUGUACAUAAAAAAUAAAAGAUGCAUCCACGAAAUACGAUCUCCCUGUGCACGUUCCUACGCUACGAGAGAGAAAGAGAGAUCGAUAUUAUUAUUGAAGAAAGGCAUCAUUACGCGAGAGAGAGAGAGAGAGAGAGAAAAAAAAAAGGACUUUGUUAUCUUAUUACGAAAAAUAAGAAUAUUACGAGAAAGGGUAACAUAAUCAUUUAAUGAACUUCGCGUUAUUGUGAUAUAACGAUAUACCUAUUCAUAAAUUGUAAUUAAAUAGGAAUUUACUACCAGAGAAUGUGAUUUUAUGCAACAGCUACAAAAUAUAUUCCUCCCUCUCAUUCCACUCCUGUUAAUAACUGCAAUUACGGAAAUUAGCUCUUGUCAUUACCACGCUCGAAUAUACCGUGAUUGCUGCAGCAUGUUAAAUAUACCAAAUUCAUUCUCUUCGUUCAUUGCGUUCAUGUAACAGAGAACUUGCCGUACGUUUCUCCUAGCAAGAACGCGAAGCGAGAGCGUGUUGCGUGGUGGCUGUUUUCAUAGAUAGAAUCGGCGUGGAUUUGCGUUACUAUAUAAUGGAAUACGUUUGCCUUUGAAGAUGCGAGAAACGACGACUCUUAAUGACGCAAAUAUUGAGUUUCGCGAAAAAACGCUGCCUUCGAGGUCGCGAGACCGGAAAUAAUGGACAAUGCACUCGGGCCCGAGAUUCUUUAUGCUUUCAUCCUUCAAGAAUCUCAUUACGAGAUGUCACCGUCUAACCUUGUUUAAUGAUAACAGCUAAACAUUGCAAAGUACUUCUAUUCGGUUUCUCUAGAUUUUAUACACAAGCUCUUUCCUCGAAAAGAAAUUAUUUUUCGUGUACAAAACUAUUUACAUUCGAUAUAAGUUUUUUUUUGCGCUUGUAUUAGUCGUCGCGUGAGAUGAUAUAAUAAUAAAGAAAAUAAUAAGGGUGCUGGGGCCAAUAUUAUACGAUACGAGUGUUGCUCAUAGAUUUGAGAGGGAGUAAAAAAAAGAGAGAGAGAGAGAGAGCGAGAAAGCGCGAGAGAGAAAGAGGACGUGAUAGACCUAUAAACUAUUUAUUUAGAAGUAGCUUCACAGUCACUGCCACAUUCGCAGGACACAUUCGACGCUUUCAAAGCGCGAACGAAACAUGUACUUAUUUAGGGAAGAAUAAAAAAAAUUGCCACGUCCAACUUGUAAUUAUACACGCAUUUCCAUUAAAAGCUUCGUGGCACGAAUCUCUCUUUGCCGUGAAGCAGAGAACUGUAAAAAGAG